CAAGCUGACAGAGUGACAUUGACUUUGGUCAUUCUGCAUUCAUCUAACUGUCAUUUACUUCUACACGUGUGUUGGUCAUUGCAUUCAUUCACCAUAACAUAGGUUAACAUAGUUAUAGCACAUAUAGAACAUAGUUUAAAAAUAUGGGCAAAGUAAAGCAAAAAUCAAACCCUCAUCAGAAAAAUGUACCUUUAGAACAAGAUAUUCAAAAUACAAAAUUUGCUAAAAGCAAAAAUAGAAAUAAAAUACGCCUUAGAAAAGAUGAAGAAGAACAAUAUGUGGAUGCAAAUUUAUCCAGAAAAAUCCUAUCAGCUGCUCGUUCCCAACAAAGAGAACUAGAAGAAAACACACCCCAGCAGUCAAAAAAUAAAUUUGUAAGUUUAGAUGCCAUGGAUUCAGAUGAAUCUGAUGAUGAAGUACGCGAUGACAAUGUUGAUGAUGCAUAUUAUGAAAAUAUUGAAAUUAAUGAAGAAGAUGAAAAAGCCAUUGAUAUGUUUAUGAGCAAAAAUCCUUUGCCACGCAGAACUCUAGCUGACAUUAUUAUGGAAAAAAUUACUGAAAAACAAACUGAAUUAGAUACUCACUUUAGUGAUGCUGGUUCAAUGCAGGUUCAAGAUCUGGAUGUAAAAGUUAAACAAAUGUAUGAAGGUGUCAGGGAUGUUCUCAGAAAAUAUAGAAGUGGAAAGCUACCAAAAGCAUUUAAGAUAAUACCCAAAUUGAAAAAUUGGGAACAGAUAUUGUACAUUACAGACCCACCAACGUGGUCAGCAGCUGCAAUGUACCAAGCUACUAGAAUUUUUGCAUCAAACUUGAAAGAAAAUAUGGCUCAGAGGUUUUACAACCUAGUUCUCCUACCAAGGAUAAGGGAUGAUUUAAUGGAAUAUAAAAGAUUGAACUUUCACUUAUACCAAGCACUACGAAAGUCUUUAUUCAAACCAGGAGCCUUUAUGAAAGGUAUUUUGUUGCCUUUAUUGGAAAGUGGAAACUGCACAUUAAGAGAAGCCAUAAUAAUAGGGUCUGUGGUUGCUAAAAAUUCUAUACCUAUACUUCAUUCAUCUGCAGCUCUUCUAAAAAUUGCUGAAAUGGAUUAUACUGGAGCCAACUCUAUAUUUUUAAGAAUAUUCUUUGAUAAAAAAUAUGCUCUUCCUUAUAGAGUAGUAGAUGCUUGUGUUUUUCACUUUGUAAGGUUUCAAACAGACUCUAGAGAACUACCAGUGCUGUGGCAUCAAGCUCUUUUAACUUUUGUUCAGCGGUACAAAGCUGAUAUAUCAUCAGAGCAAAAAGAAGCUUUAUUAGAGUUAUUAAAGAAGCAAAGUCACCAUUCUCUUACUCCUGAAAUUAGGAGAGAGUUGCAGCAUGCCAAGUGUAGAGACUUAGAAGAUGUUAUGCCUACGAUGGAGUUUGAUUAAAUUUUAAAUGUUUAACAAUUAUUUUUUGAAGUUAAUUUUAUUUGUAAAUUAAUAAAAUAUUAAAGGCUUAUGCAUAAUUAUUUCGAAAUAAAAGUAAAGAAAGAUAUGAUUAUAUAAAAAUAAAAUUAUGACAUGAUUUUAAAAGUCAGAAAAUUUGCUGGGUGUCAAAAGUCUAAAAGAUCACAGGAAAAUACAGAAAAAUAUAAUUUUGAUGACAUUCUUUCGUAAAUAAUCGUAUUCUUUAAGACGAAAUACAACAUCCAACAAAGUAAUUUUUCUAAACAUUUUCUUUCUCCAAAAAAUAAUGUAAAUAUCAUAGGAAACUCUAAUAAGUGUAUCAUUAUGCUGUAAAUUUAUACCUAGAAUGUAUUUCUUAGACCUAACAUUGCAAAUUAUAUCUGAAUACAAAAAUAGUAAUACAAUAAAUCAUGAGCGAUGACUGCAGUAUUUCUGAAUGCCAUUAUGAUCAUUGUUAU